AGCCAUUCCGCGUUUUUGGCCCCCUUUAUAACGGGUACGCGCACCACUUACUCGUUCGUUUUGCUUUCGAUCGAUUCGAUUUCUUGGCGGAGGAGAGGAUGAGCUACUACGAUCAGAAGCCGCCAGUGCAAGCGCCGCCGCCGCAAGGCUAUGCUCAAGGGUAUGAAGCGUAUCCCGCCCAGGGCUAUCCUCCGCAAGGCUAUCCUCCACAGGGAUAUCCUCAGCAAGGCUAUCCUCCAGCGGGCUAUCCAGUCCAACAGCCGGGAUAUAACCAGGAGCAGUAUCAUCAAAACAACAAAGGCCCAUCGUUCAUCGAGGGAUGUUUGGCGGCCUUGUGUUGCUGUUGUUUGCUAGACGCUUGCUUCUAGCGCCCAAGACGACGAUGUAGCUCCCAAGUUCUAGAAUUAUAUACAACCGCCAUGGUGUUUUUGAUAGAUCAAACUCUCUGUGGGAAAGGUUGUAGCUUCCAAUACUUUGAUUGGCUAGAACCAAAACUUUGGUUGGCUUGGACUUUU